GUCUCGUCCAAUAAUGAUCAGUCGUCGAGACAGGGUUACAGGGUAGGCUGCGACACUGUCCGCAUUGAUCUUGGUUUUGGGAAAAUGUGAGGGCGAAACACGAUCGGUAAUCCAGGUGUUAAUAAAAUGCAGUGUGUCUUGUUUUAUGGACGAUUGCUUUCUCGAGCCGUAGCUAAUGGCGUAUAUAACACAUCAUCUAGUAACUCUGUUAAUAAUACUCAGCAGCAGAUUGCGGCCUCUACAAGCGCUGCAGCUCCCGUGUCACUAGCCAACUCAACCCAAUCACGUGUGAGAUUAUUGACUGCUGUUAGUGGUUUCCCUAAAAAUCAGGGCCCUGAUAGAGUUCGACCAGGAAAGUUUGGAGAUGAUGCCUAUUUUGUUGCAAGACAUCAGCUGGGAGAUGUUAUUGGAGUCGCAGACGGUGUUGGAGGAUGGCGCGCGUGGGGUAUCGACCCUGGCGAGUUUAGUAGCACUCUCAUGCAGAGCUGUGAGCGACUCGUCUCCACAGGCUCCUUCUGCCCCACAGCUCCAGCCAGCCUCCUAGCCAAGGCUUACAGCGAACUCGAACUCACCAAGAAACAUAUACUCGGGAGCAGCACCGCCUGCCUUGUGAUGCUACGAGGUCACCUCGCCACCAAUAACUCCGUCAGCAGCAGCGACGCUUUUCACCACAACGAGACUGAACGAAAAGACUGCGAAGAAUUCCAGAGCGAUGAGACUGCGUCGGGUGUUCUCAGCUCAGCCAACAUCGGGGACUCGGGAUACCUGGUGGUGAGAGGAGGUCACGUGGUGCACCGCAGCCACGAGCAGCAGCACUACUUCAACACGCCCUUCCAGCUGUCCAUGCCGCCUCCUGGCACGUCUGGACACGUGCUCAGUGACAGUCCGGCAAGUGCGGACAGUCGGGAGUUUGAAGUUGAGGCUGGAGACUUACUCCUGGUGGCUACGGACGGCGUCUUCGACAACCUGCCUGUGCCGUGCAUCCUGCAGCUGCUACAGACCGUCCAGGGCACCAGCGAACUGUCGGAGCUGCAGUCAGCGGCCAACCGCAUCGCUCAGCAGGCGCGUCUGCACGCCUUCGAUGAGGACUACAUGUCACCCUUCGCGCUCAACGCCAGACAAAACGGCAUCAACACGAGAGGUGGGAAGCCAGACGAUAUCACGGUCGUGUUGGCUGCGGUGCUUGGCUCCGUCUGACGAGGCUUUGAGUGAGAUCAUCUGUCCCCGUGUACAUUUCCUGGACCCUUUAAACGAGCUCUACGUAUCGGGCUUUUAGUCGAACUGAGAAAAUACUUAAAAGGAAUUCCUUGACAACUGCUGCUACCUAAAUGGACUGAUAGUGAAAAUGUAUAGGAACGUUUCUUUUUAGAUAUUCAUGAUCCUUGCCAUGCACAGCGAAGAUAUUGCUUGCGCUCAUACUGUUUGAGACUCGUUGUGGUAAGUUUAUUUCCGUUCAUUGAGCUUAUCCUCAAUGAAAGGAAUCUAUCGUUUCAUCACAAAUGUUAGCUUUUUUUAUUAUGUGCAAUUGCGCUCGGUAACUAUAUAAUUACGUUAAUCAACGUGGCGUUGGGCGAAUGAACAAAAAAUUGAUUUUUUCAUGUUUUUUCUUUGGCGAUCAUCGCCAAGCAUUACAAAACUGUGCUGAAUUAACGGUCGAGUUGAUUAAGUUUUUAAAUUAAUUCUUUCAUUUCAUUCCCUUUUCUCUCGACAAUCAUUGUUUCAAUUGACAAAAUGCGUAAUUAUAAAUAAAGUUCUGUACCUCGUUUGAAAUGUCACAGAUAGAACGUAAAUCAAGUUAGUCUAGUCUAUUGUAAUGAAACCAAGCUCUGAGGAGGAAGUCGUGACUGUCAUGUGCCCGAGACCGACACUGGAUGUACAAAUAACGUCGCGCUCAAGUUCAUGACAGCCACAUUCAGUGAACUCCAAUUGGAGACUGCCCUAUUCUUUUAUUUAAAUUUCAUAAGUUUAUGGUAUUCAGUCCUUGAUUUGAAGUCUGGUUGCUAGUCUGCUGAAAAGACCAUCACGCGACUAUUCGCGAAGUACGAGACUUGGGAUCACAAUUAUUAAUUGAGUCAAGGGAUUUUAUAUUUCUAUUGAACUAUAGAAAAUUUCACGGCAGCGAUUUUGUGAUUAAAAACCUACGCGCCGGAAUUAUUACCAUUUCCAGUCUCCAUUCAGAGGUUUUAUACGCCCUCAUUUCCGGCAAUCUCUGUGAUUGCUAUGAUAUUUUUGUUACAAGUUAAUUUAAUACUUCUGUGUUGUGAAAGUAACUGUGCUCAGUUGUGGAACAUCGUUUAGUCUUAUGUCAGACUCGUAGAUCGUAGCUAUUUGAUGGCGUUAUUUUUUGUGUCAUAUGAUCGUCGAAAGAUGUACAUAAGAGAAUGUAAAUAAAGUUGAUCGUAACUAA